AUGUCUGGUUUGAAUAAUUCUUCUUAUGGGCCCACAUUUUCCUUCAUUGGUAUUCCUGGUCUGGAGGCUGCACAUAUGUGGAUCUCUAUCCCCUUCUGCCUCCUGUACAUGGUGGCACUUGGGGGCAACAUUCUCCUUCUCCUGCUAGUCAGAGUAGAGCCAAAUCUACACGAACCCCAGUUCUACUUUUUGGCCGUGCUGGCCCUCACUGACUUGGGCCUUUCACUAUCCACGAUGCCUAGUGUCCUGGCUAUCUUCUGGUUUGAUGUCCACGAUGUUGGCCUGGAUGCCUGUCUGACCCAGAUGUUCUUCAUUCACACCCUUUCUUCAGUAGAAUCAGGUGUGCUGGUGGCCAUGGCCUUUGAUCGCCUGGUGGCUAUCUGUGCUCCACUGAGCUAUACCAGGAUCCUGACCCACUACACUGUUGCCUUCCUCAGUGGGGCGGCCCUCCUACGAGGAGCCACUCUAUUGGCCCCUCUGCCGUUUUUCCUCAGGACGGUUCCUUUCUGUGGGGCCAAUAUCCUCUCACACUCUUACUGCUACUACUCAGAUAUGCUGAACUUGGCCUGUGGGGAUGUCACUUUCAGCAGUGUCUACGGGUUGGUCUGUGUACUCUGCACAUUUGCAGUGGAUGUUGUCUUCAUCCUCAUUUCAUAUGUGAAGAUCUUGGGCACUGUGAUGAAACUGGGAAUCCAGGAGCAAAACUGGAAAUCACUGCAAACCUGUGCCUGUCACCUCUGCACAGUGCUGGUGUUUUACCUGCCUCUCAUCAGCCUCGCAGUGCUGCAUCGUUACGCCCAGGAGACUUCUCCGAUCCUAUAUACCACCAUGAGCAAUGCCUACCUCCUCAUGACACCACUGCUAAAUCCCCUGGUUUAUAGUCUCAAAUCCAGGCAGAUCCAGGCUGCCCUAUGCAAGAGAUUUGGGGUGCAACGAGUUGUUGCUGGUGAAUGA